AUGGUUUUCAAUGCUGAAGAUUAUGCCAAACCUCCACAUUUGACAAAGAAGGAAGUCUUAGAAGUCAAAGUAUAAUAAAUUAUAAUUUAAGUAAGCUUUUGAUAUAUUCGAUAAUGAUGGGUCAGGAGUAAUCGAUCCAUAAGAAUUGAGAGAAGCAUUUGUAGCAUCUGGAAUUAAAACUUAUCACAAUAAAUUUAUUUAUCAAGAUUUGGGUGAAUUGGACACUGAUAAUUCUGGAGUAAUUGACUUUGAAGAACUUUUACAUCUGGUCACAGCUAAAGUUAGAGAUAAAGAUACACGAGAAUAAAUUCAAAAAGUAUUGAAUUUAUAUGAUUGGAACAAAGAAGAUGAUUAAUUUAAUAAAUUGAAGGUAGAAUCACUUGGGAUGAACUCAAAAGAGUAGCUUAAGAUUUGGGAGAAGAAAUGA